AUGGAUGAAGGAAAUGACUCUGUGGUAUCUGAAUUCAUAUUGACUGGACUUUCAUUUUCAUGGGAGAUGCAGCUUUUCCUCUUUUGGUUCUUCACUGUGUUCUAUGUGGGAAUUACUGGAAACCUCUUCGUUAUGUUCACAGUAAUUACUGACUCUCAUUUACACUCCCCCAUGCACUUCCUACUGGCCAAUAUCUCUCUUCUUGAUCUGGGUCUUUCCUCUACUACAGUCCCCAAAAUGAUCUCUGACCUUUCCAUUGAUUAUAAAGUCAUUUCUUUUCCAAAAUGCAUGAUACAGAUCAUUUUUAUUCAUGUCAUGGGUAGAGUUGAGAUGGUGCUGCUCAUAGCCAUGGCAUAUGACAGAUGUACUGCAAUCUGUAAGCCUAUGCACUACCUGACCAUCAUGAGCCCCAGAAUGUGUGUUUCCUUCAUAGUGGCUGCCUGGAUCCUGGGGAUAAUCCAUGCUGUAUCUCAGUUUGUUUUUGUCAUAAACUUGUCUUUUUGUGGCCCUAAUAAAGUAGACAGUUUUUAUUGUGAUUUUUCUCAGGUCAUGAAACUUGCUUGUGUAGACACUUACAAGAUAGAGUUUGUAAUCAUUGCUAACGGAAGGUUUAUAUCCAUGGCCACCUUCUUCUUUUUAAUUAUGUUCUAUAUCUUCAUUUUGGUCACCAUUUGGAAACGUUCUUCGGGCAACUUAUCCAUAGCAUUUCUCAUGUUAUUAACUCACAUCACUGUGGUGCUGAUUUUGCCUUUUAUGCCACAUAUGUUUCUCUAUAUGUGGCCUUUCCCUGCAACAUCACUGGAUAAGUAUUUAUUCAUUGUCGACUUUGCUAUCACUCCUGUGUUGAAUAUUGCCAUCUCUACCUUAAGAAACAGAGACAUG